UGGAGCCGGAGUUCAAGUAUGUUGGGAACAUGCACGGGAAUGAGGUGCUGGGCCGUGAGCUGCUGCUGCAGCUCUCUGAGUUCCUGUGCGAGGAGUACCGCCGUGGCAACGAGCGGAUCACACACCUCAUCCAUGAUACACGUAUCCACAUCAUGCCCUCCAUGAACCCCGACGGGUACGAAGUGGCUGCCAAGCAGGGCCCAGACAGCAACGGGUACUUGACGGGGAGGAACAACGCCAAUGGAGUGGACUUGAACCGCAACUUCCCUGACCUCAACACGUUCAUGUACUACAGUGGGGAGAUCAGCGGGCCAAAUCACCACAUCCCACUGCCUGACAACUGGAAAAGCCAGGUGGAGCCGGAGACAUUGGCUGUGAUCCAGUGGAUCAGCAGCUACAACUUUGUGCUCUCAGCCAAUCUGCACGGUGGAGCGGUGGUGGCAAAUUACCCCUAUGACAAGUCUCAGGACCAGCGGGUCAGGAGCCACCGGCGCACAGUCAACACACUGGCCAAAACCUACUCGUACGCCCACGGAUGGAUGCACCGUGGCUGGAACUGUGGGGAUUACUUUGCCGAUGGCAUCACGAAUGGGGCAUCCUGGUACUCGCUCAGCAAAGGCAUGCAGGACUUCAAUUACCUCUACACCAACUGCUUUGAAAUCACCCUGGAGCUGAGCUGCAAUAAGUUCCCUCCCGAGGAGGACCUGGAGCGGCAGUGGAUGGCCAACCGGGAGGCCCUUGUUGCUUUCAUUGAAGAGGUUCACCAGGGCAUCAAAGGGAUGGUCUCAGACGAGAACAACAAUGGCAUUGCAGGAGCAGUGAUUUCUGUCCAGGGAAUCAGCCAUGACAUCACCUCUGGUGAUAUGGGGGAUUAUUUCCGGCUGCUGCUGCCUGGCACUUACACUGUCACAGCCUCUGCAGAGGGGUACCAGCCCCAGACGGUGACAACAACAGUGGGCCCAGCUGCACCUUCACUGGUGCAUUUCCAGCUCAAACAAGAUGUGGUGAGGAAGCCCCCGGAGCGUAAAGCCUCAGGCACACGCACGAACAACAAAGCCCUUCAGAAGAAGGUAGUGCCAAGAGCCACCCGCCGGGGGACCCAAAGAUAAGGACAGCUCACUUGGCUGAGAGCUGGGGGAAGCCGUUUAUACGAGGCCUGGCUGAUGACUCCAGCCAGUGAACUUUCCAACAGUCCAGCAUGAAACUAGCUCAAAUUAUUAGGUUAUUAAACGAGGAAGUAUUUAAUCCC